CCUCUGCCACUCUUGACUUCCUGCUUUGCAAACUCAGGACCAGACCCAUCUCGGCGGAGGGAUCCGACCAUUUUUCUUCUUCUUCUCUUCUCCUCCUCCAGCCUCCUCCCACUUUUUUUUUUGCUUCUGCUUUUGCUCUCCCUCCCCCUCCCCCCUUUCCUCGUCUUUUGCGCGAAAAUAUAAUUUGACAGCGUUUUGCUGACAUCAGGAUUUUGCCACCCGAGGAGGGGGAGUCUGUUCCACGCUGGAGUCCCCCCUUUGCAAAAAGAGGCAUGCCUGGCAUUGCCUGCACAAGGAUGAGCUUCACUGUCGAAGCAAAGUAGGACCCGAGUCCCAUUGCAGCAGCAGCACCAGCACCACAAUACAUUCAAACCGAUGGGUGUCAAAAGAGAAACACACCGCAGUUUGGUUUUAUUUUUUUGCAUUUGCACCCACCCCGAGCUCGGACCCUACAUGCACUUGUUGCAGCCUGGCACCAGGUUCUUAGGAAAUGCCAUGCUUCUUACUUUGUUUGAAUGUAAAGACUUUGGGAUUUUCAUGAAGCGUCCUCAGACUGAAAUCAGAAUGACCGUCCAGGAAGAUUUUCAUUUUGUAGUUCAAAUGGAUCUGGAAAAACAAUAAUAUUGCACCAUUCCAAGCCUGCAUGCCAAAGACCUCUGAGAGUUGACAGUUCUUGGUUUGCUUGUUUAAAUGGUCCUUGGUGAGAAAAAAAUGGGGGAUCAGCAAAUGUACAAAACAAACCGCGUUCUUAACAACAAUGAAAACUUUUAUUACCAGCAGCAGCAACACAUGAAUUCCCUCACACCAUUAAACCAUAGCUAUGGAACACCGACCAUGGACUCGUCUCAGGAUUCCCCCCUUUCCCCCUCAUUCUCGCAUGAUACAAAUGUUGGCUCCAAAUCUCUUGGGCUGUUGGAUUCUCCAAGGCAAACAGGCUGGUCCCAUUUGGGUUCUGGGAACCACCUCCCAUUGAAAAACAAUCAGAACGUCAUGUGGAGUUCGGCAGCACAGAACGAACCUAUGGACGGAUAUGACCACCUGUGUUCCCAAGCCAAUGAAGUCAGGUCCCAGAAAAUGCAUAAAUUGGACUCCUUUGCCCAAGCAUUUAAUAACCAGAACUUAAGAAUCCAAGUCAACAAUGUGUCUCAGAUCAUUCAGCCUUCAGGAAUGGAGAAUGUUGGUGACAGUGCCCUUCGGCAACUGCUGUCUCAAAAGCCGUCUGUGGAGAUGCAGCCGGUCCAGAGAUACCAGCAGAUGCCACAGCAAAUUCAUCAAGGGUUUGCGAGUGCCCAGCAGAAGCAACAAAUGCUCUUAAUGCAGCACCAGCAGCCUCUCUAUUAUGAGAACCAGCAGCAUUUAGCCCACUUACAGAUGCACUCUACGGUGCACCAAGGCCAAGCCCACUUGCAGCAGAUGCAUUCCCAGCACCUUCUGCCACAGCAGCUGCAUCAGGAUCAGUACUAUCUGCAGCAGCAGUCCUCCCACCAAGGGCAGCACAGGCUCUUGAUGCAUGAGAUGCACCAGCAACAGAGAGAGUGCCCAGUGCAAACAGCUCAAUAUUAUCCAUCACAGCCUAUGAUGCAACAGUUACAACAGACACAGCAAAUGCAACUUCCUCUCAGUCACAGAGAUCCUGACCAGAGACCUCUGCAUGAAACUCACCAUUAUUCCCAAGACCGGGGACAUUCUGUACAGCUUAUCCAACUGGCAUCAGUUCCUCACUACUUCCCCCAGGAUCCACAGCAACGGUUCGGACAUUUGUUUCCACAAAAUCUAUUGCAACAACAGCCAGCAGGAGAUGUCAACCAGCCAAACGACUUUCACAAUGACAACAAGACUCAGGCAUUGAUGGACUCGCAUCUUGGACUUCCUGGGGCAGAAGGAGCUGAGCAUCCACCACAGCAAGACAUCACUUCUGGUAAUAGCAGCAUCCCACAUCAGCCUCUUAUAUCUCCAGCAAAUAUCAACAUGAGCAACAGAGGAUCUCAGCAGUUGUCUCCAAACACAGUAUGGCCUCAGAUCCAGCUCUCUGAGAGCAGACGCCAAUCGGUUUCUCCUGAACAAAGUGGUCAUGAUAAAGAAACUUACAUUGAAAGAUCUGAAGCAAAGACCAAACUAGCCUGCUCUGUAUGCUUGAAGGAGUUUAAGAGUUUACCAGCCCUUAAUGGACACAUGAGGUCUCAUGCAGGGAUGCGCGCAUCGCCUAUUUUCAGACAGGAGGAAGGCAAGAUUCUGCCAGAACAGCAGCAGCAGCAGCAAGAACAGCUGCCCUCAGAAGUGGAGAGUUUCAUGCCCAUCGUCAUGCCAGUUUCUGUCCCUGUAAAGCUUCUGUCACCCGAGGCCAACAUGCAGGCCACUGAAGGCAAUGCCGCACUCAGAGAUAAGCCUCUCUCAGACGAUGAGAUGCCUGUCCUUGUGAGGAUGACUUACUCUCCACCACACUCCCCUAAGGCGGUCAGCCCCUGCGUGUCUUCUGAUCUCAGCAAACAACACAAUGAGAGCACUCCCAAGUCUGAAGGCUUCAGGUCUUUCCAAGACAAGAAGAAACACCGGCACCGGCCUGAACCACUUUUCAUACCACCUCCUUCCUUCAGCCUCAGCGUGUGUCACUCAGGUGCAACACUCUACCAAAGCCAGCUUCGCUCUCCCCGGGUUUUAGGAGACCAUUUGCUUGACAAAAUCCACGAUCCUCCUCCUUACACCCCUCCUCCUAUGCUCAGCCCCGUACGCCAAGGAUCCGGCCUCUUCAGCAGCGUUAUCGCAUCUUCUCUUGGUACAUCUCAGCCCCAGCUGCCACUCACUCCUCUGACGCCCACUCCUCGGGUACUGCUCUGUCGAUCCAAUAGUGUUGACGGCGACAAUAUCCCAGUGAUCCCAGGACCUGGAGAACAGACCAUUGACAUAGAGCCGCGCAUCAAUAUUGGAUCCAGAUUUCAGGCUGACAUCCCAGAGCUUAAAGACAGAGCCUCGUUGAGGAAAGAGAAUCACAAGGCCAUCUUAGUUUGGAAACCGUGGCUGCAACUGGAAGACAAAGCUUUCCAACAAAAGGUGACCAACCUGUUAAACAUGUGUUGUUCAAGUGUAUUAACUGGUGGAGGAACUAAUCUAGAAUAUGGACUUCAUUCUCUCUUUGAGGCUAAAGGGGAUAUAAUGGUUGCUGUAGAAAUGCUUCUUUUGUUGAAACCGAGAAGAGCAAAGUCACACCCUUUGGCAAAUUAUCAUUAUGCUGGUUCAGACCAGUGGACACCUGCUGAGAAAAAGCUAUUCAACAAAGCGCUCUCCAUGUACAGCAAAGAUUUUAUUUUGGUACAGAAAAUGGUGAAGUCUAAGACAGUUGCACAAUGUGUGGAAUACUACUACACCUGGAAGAAAAUCCUGCAUUUAGUAAGAAAGCAUAGAACACGCCUAGCAGAAAUAAAAGACGACCAUCUGACAAGUGAAGAGGAAGAAUUAGAGGAAGAGGAGCAGGCAGAGGAAGAUAGAAAAUCUGUCAAAGAAGAGGAACUUGAAAUCCAGAUUGAUCCUCCGCCGAUUGUUGCUUCUGCACCUAUUAACCUGCCUUCUCUGCAAAGCAUCAUGCUUCCUGUCACCUCAUUUUCCUGUGAAAUGCCAGACUGUGGAGCUAUGUUCAGCUCCAGACAGGCCCUGAAUGGCCACGUUCGCAUUCAUAGCAGCACAAUCUCUGCAGUCAAAUCUCGCUCUGGAGGUGCUGGCACAAAGCAGAAGCCCACCUCCCAGAACAACGACUACUGCUCUCUCAAGAGCUCCCCAGCUCACAGUACCACGAGUGGCGAGACUGACCCACCCACAGUUUUCCCUUGCAAAGAAUGUGGCAAGAUGUUUUUCAAAAUCAAAAGUCGCAAUGCACACAUGAAAACACACCGGCAACAAGAAGAGCAGCAAAGGCAGAAAGCCCAAAAGGCUUCUGUGGCAGCGGAAAUGGCAGCUACAAUUGCAAGGACUACGGGGCCAGUGGGACAUGACUUGAUUCCACUGGAUCAUCUGGAUUUGAUAAAACAGGUUGAACAAGUUGACCUUGGGAGUGAUGUGGUUCAGGAACUGGGUGCAGUCAUUGACAGUGCCGAAGUGAUAGACCCUGCCCUCCUACUGGAAGAAGACAACACAGAAUUACUUCAGGAUGAUGUUGAGCUGUAAAGCCAGAAUCGCAGUCUAUAAAAUUGCAGGUGCCACUUGAAAUUGGUUGCCUCCACAGAGAAGGGCUAGAUCUCAAUUUCUGUGUAUUUGCUUGUUUUUCCGCUAUGUGAAUAUAUGGAGCGUUUUCUCAAAUUGGUGGGGGGCGGGGACAAACUGAUUGUUGUUACUGUUUUUUAUUUCAAUAACUUGCUUUCAAAAUAUGCAGAGCUGUUAAUGGUUUCUCUUCUACCUAUCAUAGAAACAGGUAUGUUGUUAGAAGUUGGGGUUUUUCUUUCCUUUUUGUUUUAUGAAAAGCCCCAAAUUCUUUAGUUCCUCAGGGUUUUAUUCCUCCUCUUCCAUGAGCCAACACAAUACAAUUAUAAAUGUUUUAAUGUCUGUGAUGACAAAGAGUGCUUCCAAAUGGACCAGUUUAAUCAUCCAUAGUUGUCAGUAUAAUAAACACAGCUUGAACCCAGAGAGAAAGACUGCACACAUCUUCCCAUUCAAACAAAGGUUUAAAACAAUAACAUUGAAAUGUUUAUUUUCAGGACUAGACACUUCUGGACCAUCGCACCAGCAUAAUUAUGGGAGUUGCAGUCCUAGAAAGUUUGCCAGGUUCUGAAAAACCUUUUAUCCUAAAUCCAAAGCUAAGUCCAAACUAGAAUCAGAUUUUCAUAAAUGUUGAUUUAGCCUUUAGUUUGUUCAGUGAGUCUAUUCUAAUUCAAAAAGCAGUUGUAGUUUAGCCUAUUUAGAGUCAUGUUUUAUGCCAGUGGUAAACAAUUCCUACAGAACUGGUGCACACAGGAUGUUGGUGGGCUCUCCGCUCCCGGCAUAUCCAUAUUGGACUUGCGUUUUCUUUCAUUUGAAUGUUUUUACACUCAAAAUGCUCUUCUCAUCUUCUAGGAGGCAUGAGGGUCAUUAUCACUUUAGAUAAUGACCGGUUUUAGGGUUUUUACAAAUUGCAAAGUAAACUGGUUUACUUUUUGGUUUCCAGAAGGCCUCUGCUGGACCUCAAAUAGCCUGACAGACACAGAGAAGUUGUUCCCUUCACACCUAACGGGAAUGAGGUCAUUUUUAGUUAAAAGAUAAGCAAAAGAACAAGUGGUUAGGGACCUUAUACAGAGCAUUGGGACCUAUGUAUGGCUUACAGACUGCACUUUACCCAUGCUGCACUGAACAAAUAAUGGUGGGUACACAAAAUUAUUAAUCCCUUCCUAGGGAUUUCAUCUUGCAAGAACUUUCCAAUAACUCAUCUCUGUACCCUGCUUUUAUUCUUUUUUCUGAGCCAGACAUGCAUAGUUGUUUGCAAUCCUGAUCACUGUGUAUAAAUGUUAAAAUUAUAAGGAUCAUAUGAGUCCCAUUACUCUGCGCAUGCCCAGUCAUGAGUAUUAUCCUAGAGCCAAAUUUUAAGAAAAAACAGAGUUCGGUAGUCUAAGAAAAAAAAUCUCUUACACCCCAACUCUAUCUACAUUGUCAAAUUCUGAACUCAGGAUUAAAAACUGACAUGAUAAAAUGAAAGUUAAUCCCUCAGAUCAUUAGAUCGCUAAACAUUUCUCUGUAUGGAGCAUCCCUUCCCAAGGUCGUAAGGAGAAAAGUGGCACGCUUUGAACCUCUCCACAGUAAGCCAAGAUGUUCAUACAAAUUUGUGACAGGAAACAGUUUUAGGCACCGGCUUUCCAGGCAAUAUUAGCCCCAAAUUAAUUUCAGAUUGGAUUCUGCAUGGGAAAACAAUGAAUCAGGCCUAUAUAAGAGUUUACAAGUUAACGCUCAGAAUGUGAAAAACUCAGGUUUCGACUUUUGGGAAUAUUGAAAGCUUUCCAAGCAGUCAACAAACAUUGCAAAGAUUUUUCCUUUUAAAGUCAUACCGGCAUGGAAAUACUUUAAUCCCUGGUCAUUAAUUUUACUUGUUCUUCAAAGGAAGAUUAGCCAAGAGAGAAUUGGGGAUGAAAGCCAAUCAUGGUCUGUCUUCAGAUUGAAAGUUGUAGACUGAGAGUCUUCAGAAUCCUCAAAAGUUGAGACUUUUCCGCGUUUUGUCUUUACUUGUAUGCUAAAAAGGUGUAGUUGGGUGCUAGAAAAGAAUUAGUCAAGCCAAAAGGGAAAAAUAAUUACAAGCCAAAAGGGAAUAAGAAUUACACUUCACCUCCAACACGAUCGUUCAUAUUUUCUUUCAUUGUAUAUCACUGUUUAUAAUGCACCUUGUUUACCUCAUUUAGGGGGAAGUUAAUAUUGGCCUUGUAUCGAAUAAUACAUGUAUCAAAAUUUAUUGGAGUCCUUGGCCAUGACAAUUAAAAAUAUAUUAAGUUAAAAUCCACAAGAAAUAAAAUAUUUACACUCAAGUUUGCAGUCCACUAGGUUACAUGAUCAUAGAUUUUUAUCAGCAUUUUGUAGCAGCUUAGACAAAUUCUGCUAUUAUUUAACUUAUAUAAACUAUGAGGUGGUUGGGUUUUUUUGGUUUUUUUUCACAAUGGAGAAACAACUUUUUUAGUAGUGAACAAGAGGAGCUUUUCCAGGGUUUUGGGGAAAGAGCAACUAAACAAAUAAUGUGAGCUGUCUUCCAUUCCUUCUUUAUCCUGAAUGUAAAAGUUGGGUCUAUUCAGCACAGUGGUCUUUACAGCAGAAAGACUAGAAAUAAUGUAAUUUCUGGGAAUUUGCCCACAGCCCCUCCUUUCCUAUUGUCCCAGGAGAGCAGAUGAUACAUAGUUCUUGCAACAGAGCCUUCCAAAUUGAUUGGUUUGAUUUACAUUUCAAUACCUGAGAAGCUACACAAGAGACUGCAUGGAAAUUGCUUGUUAAUUGAGACACCUGUUUAAAACAUUAAGCCUUCCUUAAUUUGAAGAUGUUUUCCAGAUGUUUCUGAACUGAAGAUCACACACACAAUUGAAUUUACUGGCUAGAACAAAUGGGAGGUGCCAUCCAAAAAACUGGAGCGCAUGUUUCCUAUAUGUGCUAUAUAUCUGUGUUCUAAAAUAUGUCUGUACUGGUUGGUGAUUGAAAUUUGCAGCUAGAAGCUGAUACUACCUAUUUAGUAUUCUUACACAGGUAGAAGAAUUGCUGUUACUGUGAUCACUAUAGUCAAUAAUAAUAAAAAUACUUUAUUUAUUGGCUGCCCUAUUCCCCUGAGGGGACUCAAUUGAUAGAUAAGGCCACAGUGCUUUGGUUAUCAAAUGUUGCAGGAGAACAUUGGGAGACAUAAGUACAAUAUAAUGCCAGAAUUAGGGGUUUCUGGAAGUCCCCCCCCCCCCAAAGUAAACUUUUCAAGCUGUGAAGCAUAAGCACGGUGUAGUAGCUUCAGAACCACAGGGUUAUUGUAGUAACAAGUGAAUAAGUCCUAAAGGUAUGUUUUAUUUUACGCCAGUGGUGGCUAGCCUUUGCUCCUCCAGGUGAUUUUGUGCUCCCAGAAUUCCUCAUAAUUGGACAAGCUGUCCAGGGCUUCUGGAAAUUGGAGUCCCAAACUGGAGGACCAAUGUGUGACACCAUUGUUUUAUGCUGCCAGAAACAAUACAGAGAUUUGGAUGUGGCUUACAGGAACCAAAGAGAAUAUCAAAAUAACCCCUGGAAAAAUAUUGGUGCAUGUUUAACCUUUCUAUGUAAAUCCUGUAUUCCUAAAAAAGUGUAGUGAUACAUAUGAUCACAACUUUUUUAAUUUUGUAGAAAUUUUGGGAUAUUGUUCCUCCUAUGCUUAUGUUUCACGUGUAUGACAGCAUGGUUUCUAUUGCAAGUUAGAUUUAAAAUGUACAUAACAAAAGAAAAAAAAGAAAAAUAUUUUUAUGGAGAAAUCUUAUUUUCAGACAUAUUUUACUGUUGUUUUCUUGUUACAGAAAGACUAUAAAUAAUUUAAAAUGUUUGUGUAAAAAAAGGUUAUAGGGAAAAAUACUGUAAUUCUUUUUAUUUUAAAGUAAAACUUGCCUGUUAUGGCUUAAUUGCACCUGAUCUGCAUGUGCUUUAACUUCAGGAUGUAAUUUAUUCAGGUUUGCACUAAAAUGCUUUAAUUUCAUAUUAUAUGACAUAGUAAAGUUUUUGAUGGUUUCCCUUUUGGGAGGGGUGCAUUUUGGGGGUAAGAAUCUCGUUUGGUACAUGGAGGGAGGGAGAGAGAGAGCGGGAGAGAGAGAGCGCUCACUUUGUAUAGAAUAUGUCAGCCUUUUCUUAUAUGGACAAAUAAUUGUAUUUGUAAAAUCAAAGGGAAUCUGUGUAAGCAUUCUGCCAAAAAAGGACAGUAUUUUAUACUUUUUAUAUGAUGUACUUUGUUAAUUUUUAUUUUGUUUGUUCACAGGGUGAAAAAAAUCUUUUAAAUAAAUUAAUAUACAUUUAAAA